AUGAGAAUUGGGAUGAGUACGAGUUUGAACUCUCUUUUCUUCUUUUAUCAUGCGGGGCACGACAACGAGGGCGAAUUUCUGAUGGUACCAACGAAGACUUAUCCGAGUAACUGCGGUGUUCCUUGGCGCCAUAUCAUGGCCAACCCCAGAAAAAUGACCGGCAACGUUCUCGCCGUGAUCGACGCUUGUUAUGGAGCAGCCGCAACAGACCCCAACGCUUUGCUCGGAAACAUGAGACGAAUAGAAUUCCCUACAGCAUACGACGACGACGGCGAGGCACAGGGUCCCGGAGAAUGUUCAUGCACGCAGAUCAUACUAGACUUUCUGAAUCAGCAAGCGGAUACAUCCGAAGUCAUCAUAGCCUUCGAGAUUCAUACACGAAUGAGAAAAUGGAUGCUGGCAAUGAGAGCCAUGAUCCGAAAGUUUGGUCCACCACCCAAAGAGGGCAAGUUCGCUGCCGAGUGCGAAUCCUACCAUCGGAUCGAACGUGGGAGGACCGGCGAGAGUUGGGGAGAUGCAGGCUACGAACUUGGCUUCUACGAGACCUUUGCUGCAGUUGAAGAGGCCAUGCGACUAGUCAAAGAGACUGUGGACGAGAGGGAGCGUCUUGAGGCUGUUGAGAGAAAGGAGAGUUCCCUUAGAAACUAUGGGAAGACGUUCUGGACGAGUUUCAGACAAGAGCAGAGACUUUGA